CCCAUCCACUUUCCAAAUAUUCCAAAAUUCCUCCUUACCCUAUAAGAUUCUUUUCUCAUGGUUUUUCCCCCCUUACUAUAUACACUUUGAUACUCUUUAUCUCUUUGUUUUACAAAUACAUGGAAUGCAGCACAGCACAAAUCUAUAAGCAUACCAUCAAGCCAUGAAGUUUGGAAAAGAAUUCAAGACCCACCUAGAAGAAACCCUUCCUGAGUGGAGGGACAAGUUUCUCUGCUACAAGCCCCUCAAGAAACUCCUCAAACAAUUACCUCCCACCGUUGAUUCUCUCAACCUUGAUCGCCCCAUUAAUUUUCAACUCCAUCCACACCCUCCUCCGCUCACUGGUGAUGUUCAUGGUAAUACUAAUAGGCCUUUGGUGGAUUUGCAAGAAUGGUUUGUUAGAAUUCUUAAUGAAGAGCUUGACAAGUUCAAUGAUUUCUAUGUUGAUAAAGAAGAAGACUUUGUUAUACGCCUUCAGGAGCUGAAGGAAAGAAUUGAAAGUCUAAAGGAAAAGAGCAGCAAGGAUGGAGUUUUUACAUCAGAGAGUGAAUUUAGUGAAGAAAUGAUGGAUAUUCGUAAAGACUUGGUCACCAUUCAUGGAGAGAUGGUGCUUCUAAAAAAUUAUAGCUCCUUAAAUUUUGCAGGGUUAGUGAAGAUUUUGAAGAAGUAUGAUAAAAGGACAGGAGGAUUGUUGCGCUUACCUUUCACGCAACUUGCCCUUCAUCAGCCUUUUUUCACUACAGAGCCUCUAACAAGGUUGGUCCAUGAAUGCGAGGAUAAUCUUGAGCUCCUUUUUCCACUGGAGGCAGAAGUCAUUGAAUCGACCAACAUCGUACAAGAUCAAUCAAAUCCAUCUCUGAAUAACACAACAAAUAUCUCACCUGGGCCUCCGACAACACUCGGGGAGGAAACCAUCGACAUAUAUCGCAGCACCCUUGCAGCCAUGAAAGCCAUACGAGGCCUUCAAAAGGCAAGCUCCACCUCCAAUCCACUAUCAUUUUCAUCUUUCUUCAUGAUCCAGGAUGAUGAAAGUACUGGUGCUGUAACAGCUGCAAACUCAACUUCAAACUCUUCAGCCACAAUGCAUGAUGGAGAAGAGAUUGAUCAAGAAGAUGUGCAUUCUGUUUAACAAUAUCCUGCAUUGUAACCUCCUUCCCCCCCCUUUUUUUUUUUGAAACAAAAUUUUCAAUUGGUGGAAGCUGGAUAAUCAACGUGUAUCAUUAUUUCCCAGAUGCUAUAAGCUGCGAACAAAAUAUAAAAUUGUAGAUGUUUUUUCUUCGCGCAGAUAAUCUAGCGUGAGAGAACAAAUUCAUGUGUUAAGGGAGAUUCUGAUAUUUCCAGGAAA